CACCGCAACGCCUCCCACUCCUUCCCCAAACGAGCAAUGGCUGCGAGCCUGAGACUCUGGAGGCUGAAGCCCUCCCGGAUCCUCCGCGGCCCCGUUGCCUCUGGGUUCAGCAGCGGCGCCACAGCUGGAUCGGGGCAGCAGCCACAGCUGGAGAAACUCACCUGCGCUCGGCAGCUGGAUGGCAUCAGACACAUUAUCUUGAAUAACCCUAAGAAAAGAAAUGCUCUGUCACUCUCUAUGCUGAAGUGUCUCCGCGAUGAUAUUCUGCAUGAUAGCGAAAGCAAGGCUCUCAGAGUCAUCAUCAUUUCAGCGGAAGGACCUGUAUUUUCCGCUGGCCAUGAUUUAAAGGAAUUGUCUAGUGAACAGGACACGAAGCACCAUAUUGAAGUAUUUGAGACCUGCGCUGAGGUCAUGACUCUGCUCCAAAAACUCCCCGUACCAGUGAUUGCCAAGGUAAAUGGCUUGGCUACGGCAGCAGGCUGCCAGCUGGUGGCGAGCUGUGACAUUGCAGUAGCGAGUGAGAAAUCCAGGUUUGCUACACCCGGAGUCAAGGUCGGGCUGUUCUGCUCCACACCAGCUGUGGCUGUAGGGAGAGCCCUUUCUAGAAAGGUUGCAUUAGAGAUGCUGUUCACAGGAGAGCCUAUUUCUGCCCACGAUGCAUUGCUGCAUGGACUUAUCAGCAGGGUGGUACCAGAAGACAAGCUGGAAGAGGAGACCAUGAAAAUUGCACGCAAGAUAUGUGAAACUAGCUGGUCUGUUGUGGCACUGGGGAAAGCCACCUUUUACAAACAGAUGGCACUGGACCUUGAUGCUGCCUAUAGAAUGACCUCCCAGGUCAUGGUGGACAAUCUGACCCUGAAGGAUGGACAGGAAGGAAUAGAGGCCUUUAUUCAGAAACGCAAGCCUACCUGGUCACAUAGUGUGAACACAGCUUGCAAAUGAGUACGCUCAGGCUUAGCUAACUCACACCAGUGUCUUCUCUGUGAAAGUCCCAGGGACUGUGUUUUUGGUGUUGCUGAAAACUAUAUUUCACUUCUGUAUUGUGUAGCCCUUGUGAGGAUGAUGGCCGCUGGCACUGGUGAUGAGGAAGGUAUGUUCAGUUUGGACUAUGGGCAAGUCCUCAGAUGGUAUAAAUUGGCAUAGCGCUGGUAAAAGUCACUGGAACUAUGUUGGUUUACACCAGCUGAGGAUCUGGUCUUCUGUCAUUAAGAGGCAACAAUAUUGCCCAGCUAUUGGACGGUAUGUCCAUGGUUCAGCAGGGAGAGUGCCUCUAAGCAAAGAUACUUUGUUCCUAACAGUGAAGUUCUAUGCUACUUUGUUUGCUUCCUCGGGUUUUGCAUAGUCAGUUAAUGCAGUUGCUAAAUCUCAUGGAUUUCUUUCUUCCAAAUGUUGGGCUGGAGAAUGCUAUCUCCACUCUUCUUCUUUUUUCCAUCUGUAAAUAUUUGGCAAUGUUUGCCCCAUUUAUCACAUACAUCGAUUUGCUAAAUUUACUAUAUUUAGCUCUCCUAUUCCCCUUAUAGUUCAUUUAUAUCAGGAGCAUGAUUUUCCACUCAUAAUGCAUUUUCCAAUAGCUAUAUGUGGUAAUUUCUUUUAGGUCCUUCUUUUCUCUUCGUUCUUUUGUACUCAGCUCAGUCCUGUUGACAUGAGGCAUUUUUUGGGUUCUCCCUCCCACCCCCAUGUUGUCCACUGAAUUCCCAGCAUUCUGCAUAUAUUUGUUUAGGGUUUUCAUCUUCUCUGUUUCCUAUAACUUUUGCCCAAACGCUUAAGUUCAAUAACUUCAAUCUUAACGCUACAGGCACUUCACCAGCAGCUAACUGCAUUAUACACAGUAGUGUUGUGAUGAAGACACCACAUACAAUGCAUAAUGCAUGCGUUCGGAUUGCGUCUAGCUUCCUUAAGAUUGUUUGCAAUGCUGAAUUAAUGCUUGGCAUUGGUACUUAGUAUUUGGUCUUAUUAAUGCUCUAUAAUGCAUUACCAUUGCUUUCUUUUGUGCUCAUCGGGUGGGUCCAGAAAUACUUUAAAAUAAAUUGAGUUUAUCUUUACAUUUAUCUACACUAUUUUCAAUGUGAUCCUUCCAUGUUAGCUUCCUAUCAAAUGUGACACCCAGGAAUUUAUAGCUUUUAACUAUACCUAUUUGCUGUUCAUACAGAGACAAUUCAUCUUUUUAAUUUUCUUUUUAGUGAAUAUCAUUCCUUUCAUUUUGAGAAUUGAAAAUCCAAAGCCCCACAUUUCCCCAUUCGGUAUUUUUCCUAAGCACUUCAUUAAUUUGUUUCUCACCUAUUUCUUGGUUUCAGUUUUUAGCCCAUACGGCGUGAUCAUCUGAAAACCAGGGUGUGCCUAUUCCUGCACUCAUCCUUUUGGGGAGAUUGUUUAUCAUUACAUUGAGUAAGAUACAGCUGAUAACACUCCCCUGCGGACCGCCAUUUAUGAUUGUGUAUAUAUGCUAAAGUAGGCUUUUCUUACUCUGACCUGCAUAGUUCUUAAGAAAUCCUUUAUCCACCUACAUAUUCUUCCUUUUAUGCUAAUGGAUGAUAUUGUACGCAAUAAGCCCUGUCUCCAUAACAUGUCAUAUGCUUUUUCAAUAUUUAGGAAAGCUACUAUCAUUUACUCUUUUUCUCAGACUUUUUUGUGCCUCCAUCUCUACUCUUAGUAUGUGAUCAACUGUACUCCUUCCCCUCCUGAACCCAGUUUUCGCAUUGUCUAUAAGUCCUUUUUUUUUUCUAGAUAUGUUGUUAAUUGUUCAUUCGUUUUUGCUAUGGCUUUACCCAUACAUGAUGCAAGGGCAAUUGGCCUGUACAUAUCAGGUCUUUUUCACAGCUUUCCUGGUUUCCAUGCUGGGACUGCAACCACAUGUUUCAUCUCUAUUGGUAGCUCACCUGUUCCCCACACACUGUUGUAUAGUUUUAAUGGUAUUUUCAGACUUCCUUCAUCCAGGUGUAUUAGCAUUUCGUUCCAUACACCAUCCAUGCCUGGUGCAGAGGUAGUGCUUUUACCGAUAGCUUUUUGAAGUUCCCUCAUACAGAAGUUUUUGUUUAAUAUUGUAUUCUCAUCUCCCUCCCACCUCUUCCCGUUCUCGUGAUUCUCUUUAAUAAUUUUUCCCGAUCACACGGAUUUCUAUAUCUGAUCUUCAUCAUUACUAACAUUGUGGAAUAUUUCUGCUAGGGCUUCUGCUUUUAUUUCGUUCGAGCUUUUUGUCCCUUGGCCUUCUACAAUGAGGCCUGGUACAGAAUUGUCCUUACUCCAUAUUCUAUUCAUUUUCCGAAUCUGCCUGAUGUUUUAGUAUCUUUAUUUAUUUUCCCAUCGUACUUUCUCCAGCUUUCUUCCCCCGCCCUUCAUAAUUACCUUUCUUUUAUAUUUCAUUAAAUCCUUAGUAUUCAUUGUAUUUUUUGCUUCCUUAUAUGCCUUGUUCCUUUCUUUAAUUGCUUUUUUAUAUUCCUCAUUCCACCAUGGUACAUGGUUUCUACCUUUAAGGUGACUUAAUAUCUUAAGUAUUGCCAACUUCGCUGCCAUUAUAAUUCCCUUAGGUAUAUUGCUACUAAACUCCUCAGUGUUGUAACUUAUACAUUGUUCAUUAAUAUUUUUGUUACAUUUGCUCCCAGUUUGAUUUUUUUCAUAUUCCAAGUAGGGGGUCUUCCUCCAUCCUCAACACUGUCUUUACCUUGAUAAACUAUAAAUACUGAGAAGUGAUCUCUUCCCAUUCCCUCCUCUUUAUCGACUUCCCGGAUGCAUUUGCUCGCUAUAGUAUUUGACACAAUUCCAAGGUCUAGACAGGAUUGAUUUCCAUUGGCUGCAUUAAACCUAGUCGGUGUACCAUCAUUCAGUAUUACUAAAUUAUUUUCCUCAAUGAAUUGAUCUACACAUUUGCCAUUCUUAUAAUUUUUUCCACUUCCCCAUAAUCUGUUAUGGCUGUUUAGGUCUCCACAUAUAAUAUAUGGGCCUGUAGCAUCUUCAACUGUCUGUCAAAUCCUUAAAUCUCCAGUUUUCCACAGGGGUUGUAUACCUAUAUAGUUUCAAAGAUGCAGAUUUAUUCUGCUUUGGAAUCUUGAAAACAUUAUACUCUAUAUUCAAUUUCUUCAACUCAAUUUCACAAUAAUUUAGGUUUUUCUUAGUGAAUGUACAAACACCUCCACCCCUUCCAACUUCUCUUUCUUGCCUAUAGAUGCCAUAUCCUGGUAUUCUAAAAUCUAGUUUUCCCUAUGAACCAUGUUCUUUGUAUUCAAAUGAUAUCAGGUUUAGUAUCUUUACCGAAGAUAUUUUUCUUUAGUUCCUGUCCAUGUGCUAUUAAGUGGUUCUCAACUUAUUAUAUGUUGUGAGUCCAACCCCAGACCCUCAUUGCGUGGGGCCGGCUGGCUGCCCGCCCCAGGCCCCCACUGUACAACAGCCCCGGCCCCUGUGGGACCGGCUGGCUACCCUGUGGGGCCGGUCAGCUGCCCGACCCCCACCGCGCAGCUGCCCCGGCCCCCAGAACUCGUGGGGCCAGCUGGCAGCCCCGGACCCCAUCACACGCAGCGGGCCGGCUGCCCUGGACCUGGACCCUGAAGCUCAUGGGGCUGGGAGCCCUGGGGCUGCGUGGGGCUGGCAGCUGCUCCGAUACCAGACCCCUGUCGCACGACUGCCCCAGACUCUGCAGCUCACGGGGCAGCUCACGGGGCUGGCGGCUUCCCCAGACCCUGGGCCCCCGACCUCACGGGGCCAGCCGGCAGCCCUGACCCUGGAGUCCCACCAAGCAGGGCAGGCCGGCAGCCCUGACCCCGCCCGGCAGCCCAGACCUCUCUGCACCAGGUAGCCAGGAACCUGGCAACCCCGGCACAUUGGCAGCCUUUAGCACACAGCUGAGCUGGGCUGCAGCUGUGUGCUAAUUGGACCGCGGGUUGAGAACCGCUGUAUUAGACAGUAAACAGUAAAUACUUAGUACCAUUCUAUUUACACUUCAGUGUUUCCUUCACUUAAAAAAGCAUGGAGUUGUUCUACUGAUAAGUUGCUAACAUGUAGGUACUUUCCUGCUGCUUUAACCAUAAUUUUCAUUGUCUGUUUUUUAUCCCUGCCUGUGAUGUGCAGUUUAUUGCUUACAUCAUAAAUGGUAUAAAACUCUUUGUCCAUACAUAGUAGGUCUUCUCCUUUUCCCCCUAUAGCACUCAUUAUAUCCUUUGAUUUAUUAUGUUGUGUGCUUAUCUCUUCUUACUGAGUUUCCUUUCCUCUUCCCCUUUUGGUCUUAGAUGCCUCCUAGUAGCUUCUGCAUUGUUUUUGUACCUCUCUUGCUUGGCUGCUGUACACUUUCCAUAGGUUGCACUGUGCUUUCCUCCAUAUUUGCUACACUUGUCGUAUAAAUGCUCCCCUCCACAUUUACUGCAUCUAAAUUUCCCUUCCUGAGGCAACGACUGCCGUGCUCUGUAUUUUGUAUCUUGUUCGUGACUUUGAGUCUCGCACCUUCCCUGUAUUCUUAAAGAAUUGGAGAAGAGCUUUUUUUUGUUGUUUUUAUUUGGGCCCUAUUUUCCUUGUAUUCUUGCUAGAUUUUGCAAGGAAAAUGUUGUUAUUUUAAGGCCUCUGAGUUUUCUAUAUAAACACCUCCUUUCACUGGUGCAGUCUUUGCAAUCCCAAAGGGUAGGAUCUAUCAUUUCCUGCGCCUUCCAUGUUACGCAUAAUCCAUCUUUAUGCAUAUUAAUUAGAAAUAAAUUACUAUUUAAUCUGCAAUGCCCUGUUAGAAUUCUAAAUAGACCCACUUUGCUCUUCCUCUCAGAGCCUUGGAGAAUAUCAACAUUUUCAGCGGUUGGGCAUACUUCUCCAAGUCUUUUCCCCUUUGUUUUGUUCACCCACAGCGCUUGCCAUUCCUUCCUUAUCACAUUUUUAUUUAGGUGUUUAAAUUCCAAUUUGCUUCAGGGGAUUCCCAGGUCAGUGCGUUCAGAAUUAAUUGUACUUUUUGCCUGUUUGUCCGCCUCUUCGUUGCCCGCUGUCCCUACAUGCACCAGGAUCCAUGUGAUUACUAUGGUUACAUCCAGUUGCAUCAGUUUGGUUGUUCCAGUAAUAGUUCAUUAAGAAAAUCAUUUCUGCUGUCAGACUUGCCAAUGUAAAUUGCCCGCAGCUCUCAUAAGGAGUCAGACAGGAUGGCCAUGGAGCUGGCAUCCCCUUCCUGUUCUCGCUGCUCGCUUUAUAGGGCUGGCCCAGCCCUCUCCCAGCUGGGAUUCACUCUGUUAACCCUGACCCUCCUCUCAGGUGAUGCCAGGUGACUAACUGGUCUCAAACCUUCAUUAACCCUAUCAGGGCUGAUGUGGUCUGCACAACCCAUCAUGGUUACAUCAGACUGCUCAGACAGAUAAGGAGAGGGAAAGGGUUAAAUAUGGGGGCAACUAACCUUGACAAUGUCCUUUUCAAUAUAAUAAGAUGCUCUACUUAGUACAUCUUCCUACAUGGCCAGCUGAGAGCACUGAGGAGACAGUAAAUUGUUUUUUAUGUUUAUAUUUAAUGGGGGUUAUUCAGCUACUCAGCAAAUCUCUGUUGGCUCUUCUGUUCCAGGCUUUUAGGAAUAAGUGCAGUAUUGGAUUUUUACAGAAUUCUGCUCUCCCCAACUGGCUGUGGAACUGAAGUGGUUCACCUGGCCCAUCCUAGACCACAAGUGUUGUUUUUUAUGUGUGCGCGCGCUCUUUCAGUAGAUAAUUAUAUUUUUAGAAAUUGUCCUCAUGUAAUUAACUACCAGCUGCAAAGCAACUUUUUUAGAUGGCUCUAUUGACACUGUCUUGAGGGGUUGGUUUGGUUUUUUUAAGAAAGUCUGUUUCUGAUUAAAUAGUUACGAGUCAGAGUUGUUUUACUAAAUAAGGGUCAAACCCUGCUCACCUUUCUCCUGUGAAUAGGUCUACUGCCUUUAAGCGCCGUAUCCUGCCCAUCUUAUUCACAGAAAUAGGCCCAUUAAUGCCCCAGUCUUGCAAAGAUGUAUGGGCGUGCUUAACUUUAUGCGAUCUUAGCAGUGACGCAGUCUCAUUGAAAUCAACGGGACUAUUUGUCAUAUGUAAAGUUAAGCACAUCCAUCCAUACACCUUUGCAAGAUCAAGGCUUAAGCCUUUAAGCGAGGGAGUGUUGGUUACUUAUUAGAUAGACCAAGGGAGUAGGAUGCAGGGCUCCUGAGUUCUCUUGCAAACUCUACCACUCACUUGCUAUUUUGGGGUCCAAACUUCCAAUGUUUUGUCAACAACCUCAGUGGAAGUUGAGGAUACUCAGCACCCUGAAAGAUCAAGAUCAAACCCUUCAUAAAGCUGGCUCUUUACGUUCAGUGUCUCUGUAUCUGCUCAGAAGCCGGUUAUGAGGCAUGACAAAUUCUGUGCUACGUGCUUUGAGAUCUUCAAAUGAAAAGCACUACUGAAGUAUCACAGUCACUUAUUUUUUAAGAUGAAGAUAUUUCUUUGUACUAUUUUUGCUCAAUACAGCAAUUGUGUAAUUAGUAUAGGCCUGGUUUGACUUGGGAAUCCCCACAAUUAGUCAUCCAUCUGUCCCUCUAGUGCUGAAGUCUGUGGAACAGCCUCCCCACGGGGAUUGCUGCAUACCCUAUUGCUGGAAAUGUCUCUCGCUGGAUUGGGCAGAGCUGUGAAAGAACAGAAAAGGGACUGACAAGGUGACCUAAAUUUCCAGCUCUAAUUUCUGCACCAUUUUUUUUUUUUAAUCCACAAAUGCCUUUAUCUAAUUUCAUGAGCACACAGACUAUUACUGUAAAGCAGAAUGGUUGCAAAUGUGUUAAUUAAGUUCUACAGCCCAGGAUCAGCAAACCAGAUGAUAAAUUGAAAGCCCUACUGCUGUGCCGAGCUGCUGCCCAAGGACAGAAUUUGCCCUGAAAUAACUGAGUCUUUCCCUCAUCGCCCCAUUCAUUUCUGUUAAAGAACCUGCUCUGGAGCAGUCAGCCUGCCAGGUAAUUAGCCUAGUUCCCAGUGACCCCAAUCACAAGUGACAUGUCUGUGUGUUGGGCUUCUAGGAAUGCAGCUUAUCAUUACAAGUGGCUCUGAGAGGAAGGGGCAAGAUUUCUGCUAACUGUACAAAGUAUACAGCAGCAGCUGGAGUUGGGUCUGGUAGAGAAAAUGUAACAUACGAAUUGCCAGCCCAGGUCAGCGCACUGAUCCAGCAGGUCAGGCAUCUUGCCUCAUAGAGUGGCUAGGACUAGCUGCCUUAGAGCAGUGGUACCCAAAUUGUGGGGUGUGCCCCCCUAGGAGGGCUCGGAGGAACAUCUGGGGGUGCACAGUGGAGCCUGGGCCAGCCCCCAUGGAGGGGGGUGAGGAGGGAGCAUCACCCAGCCCUACUCUGCCCCCAGCUCCACUCCGGGCCCACCCCUGCUCUUGGCCACCAGCCCCUGGCUGCACGACCCCACUCUCAGGCCCCGGUCCCAGUCCGGUGGGGGGGACAGACACAUUCAAUACUGGUAAGGGGGAAGGGGGACACGAUAGGAAAAGUUUGGGCACCAUUGCCUUAGAGGAAGGUGUGUGAGCCCCAUAAUGGACUGAAGUGUCAAGUAAUAUAAUGCGCACAUAUGAUAUAUAAACAUAUUCCUCUAAUGAAGAAUGUAAGCAAACAAGCUAGGGUGCAAAAAUAGGUCUUAGCUUCAUUGAAACUGUAAUAUACUAAUGACCGCUCUGGCUCAAAGAAGAACAUCCUAUGGGCCAUACCGUAUUAGCUAGGGCAAAUAUGUUGAAGGUGCCCUUAGACAGACACACUCGGGAUACUAGGCACAAGACAUUUGAUGUUAAAUGUGCAAAAGAGUAGGAGAUCAGAAUACAUCCUAAUUUUCCCCAUACUUGGGAUUUUAUCACAAGCAUCACAAUAUUUGGCCUUUUUCUUAAAUCUCUAGCUCCUGGAGUCAGUUGAUUAUAUGAGAGUUUCAGCUUUCAGAGUUUGUUUGUUUGAAAUAAGGUUCUAGCCCUCACGGUUGCAGAGGAAAGCUUGGAGACAUGCAACAUAAUGGUUCAAAACCCAAAAGGCAAAUAAAAAAACCCCAAAAUUUAGUCAUUUUAAGUAGUGUUAUUUUUAAGCCAGUCUCAUGAUUUUGGGGGCUGACUCUUGAUAUUUGAACAUCUGGGGCUGGCGCUACUGGGAUUGGACUGUACUGGUAGCUAUUAAUUAUUAUUGUCCCCAUUUUACAGGUGGGGAAAAUGAUGCCAAUUGUUUUGCCCAAGUUCACGUGGUCAGUCAGUAGCAAUAUAGCUUUUUCACCAGCAAAGUUUUCAGUGAAAUCAGCAGAAAUGCAGGGCAUACAUACUCUGAAAAGACGCUGAAAAAGCUUUUGGGAAGGAAUUAUAUGAGCUACUGCAUCAAAGGCCCCAUGCUUGACAUUUAUUGGCUUUUUGAUGAAUGUUGGGGUAAUUUUACUGUCAACAAUUCCUCAUUAGGAGCCGAGCAAAGUUCUUUUCUGACCAUUAUCUUGCUCAAUAUCACAUCAUGUUGCCACAAAGAGCAGAGAUUCUAUGUAAAAAAAAAUCUCUCUCUGUAGCUGCGAAAUGGUCCAAUAAUUCUGCGUUUAAAUAAUUCCAUGGAAAUAUGGGCAGCCUGCUCUAAACAAUAAAGAGAAUUCAGACAAA